UGAGAUAACUGUACAGGAUAAAUUCACCAGUAAAACUUCAGGAAGUUUGGAGGAGGGGCAUUUGUAGGACUGCUAUAAGCUUCUUUGUUUUACUAGAGGAAAAAGCAUCUCAGGCAGUGAAAGCAACUUUUCGGCAAUUUAAGUAACAUCUGUAGAGCAGAGAGAGAGAGAGAGAGAGAGACUGCUGUAUUAAGAAAAGACCACAACACUAACAUGGAGUUGAUAGUAUUUUUAAAUUCAAUAGUUACACGGCUACUUUUUAUUCUUCAUUCUCUAGUGGGAGUUUGGAGAGUUACAAAAAUUAAAGAGGAUGAAAGAUACUGGCUGCUAGCUCUGGUCAACGUCCUUAUGUGCUUGGAGAUGAUACUGACACUGAAAUUUAAGAAAGGCAGAAGUUUAAAGUGGUUUUCUCCAGUGAUCUUCUGCUUCUUGAUAAGUGUAGUACCAUCUCUCUGGCUCCUAGAAUUAGAUUAUGACCCUCAGGCAUGUAAUGAAACAGAAAUUCAAAAGCAAACUCGAGUACAAAAUAUCAGUUCUAAUGAAGCAGAGACAAAUUCUGUUGAAUCGGUUGUGAAUAAAGUAUUUAUAGAACUAUCUGCAAUAUGUGAAAAUAUUUGGACUUUGGGGCUACACCAGACAUUUCUCCUGCUUCUAAUUAUUGGAAAAUGGCUUCUACCAAUCGGAGCUGGAAUAACUCGAGAUCAGCUUUCACAAUUACUUCUCAUGUUUGUGGGUACAGCAGCAGAUAUCCUUGAAUUCACCAGUGAGACUUUUGAGCAUGUAAGAAAUGAACCCGGCCUUAUAUAUGUAAUCCUUUCUGUAUGGACAUGGAGUAUGCUACAAUUUCCACUUGAUCUUGCUGUACAAAAUGUUGGCUGCCAAUCAACUUCAAAAACAAAGAGACGUUUCUGCUUGUUGCUCUGUCGAUACAGUGCCGACCUUUGGAACAUAGGAAUAAGUCUACUUAUUCAAGAUGGGCCUUUUUUUAUUUGUCGACUGGUUCUGAUGGCUCAUUUCAAAAUUAUCAAUCAGAUGUUGGUAUUUUUCGCUGGAAAGAAUAUGCUAGUUGUUAUGCUACAACUUUACCGUCUUAUUGUAAUAUUAAUAGACUUCUAUAAUUCUUUGGAAAAUCAGACAGAAAAUCCUACAGGGACAGAAAGCUGUUGCCCUUGUGAAUCACGUGAAGGAAUUGGAAAUCCACCAACUAGUGAAGCUGAUCUUGAAACAAAAAGUACAGAAUAUGAUACUACUACUAUUGCAAUAGAUGAAUCUUUAACAGAAAAUGAUUGAUAAUGUCAUCUUUUAGUUAUUAUUGUCUUUCGGCUAGAUUUGGAGUUUGGCGGUAGAAGGGCUGUUAACGCUCCGCGGGUUUUUUUCUGGCCGCACCAUAAAUUUAACUCUGGUAUCGAGAGUUCAAACAAAUGCUGCGUUAGGCUCCAAAAAAGGAGCGUAGAGCAUUUUUACCGCAAAUACAACUCUCGAUACCAGAGUUGCUUACGGACGCGGCCGGCCUCAAAAACGUGCUCGUGCACGAUUCUCCCAUAGGAAAUAAUGGGGCUGUUUGAGCUGAAAAAAAACCUAACACCUGCAAAAAAGCAGCGUUCAGCUCCUAACGCAGCCCCAUUGUUUCCUAUGGGGAAACACUUCCUACGUCUGCACCUAACACUCUAACAUGUACCCCGAGUCUAAACACCCCUAGCCUUACACUAAUUAACCCCUAAUCUGCCGCCCCCGCUAUCGCUGACCCCUGCAUUACACUUUUAACCCCUAAUCUGCCGCUCCGUAAACCGCCGCCACCUACGUUAUCCCUAUGUACCCCUAAUCUGCUGCCCUAACAUC